UUCUCUCACUAAAAUCUCUGUGAGACUCACCUUUUCCUCUCUCUAAAUGUUUAUAAGUUUGAGAACCAAACUGGAUCCUUUUUGCUUUUACGAGGAACGCCCCCAAUAUUUCCUCUGCAUUCUCUCUUCAAACGUCUUCUCCAGCCAACCAAAAGAGGCAAAGAAGCCCACAUCGAGCUUGCUUCCUUGUCUCUUUUCCCUGAACGAAAACGAAAGCUCCACAAAAAGAGAAGCACAACAUUCAUCCUCCUCUCUCUGUCAGUUCUUUGUCGAUUCUGAUUUCAGAACCCAAAAACUCUGAUCAGUAAAAGCAAUGCGGACCAACAGAGGAAAGAUCCCAAAGCAGAACUCGUGGCCUGGAGCAGUAGUGAGGAAAUGGCUCAACAUUCCAACCGGAGGGGACGAGUUUCAUUCGGAUUACUCUGUAAAAAAUGUAACUGAGAGUAGGAGGAAGAGUUGCUCGGACCAGGACCACUACGUCGUCGUACCGGACGAUGUUGCAGAUGGUUGGUUGAUGGAGGACGCUUACGGCCCAAGUUUUGCGCCGGAGGCACCAGCUGUGACCGACCAUCUCAACCUCAGAAUGUUCGUGGGGACAUGGAACGUUGGAGGCAAAUCACCACAAGAGGACUUGAACUUAAGGGAAUGGCUUAGGUCCCCAACUCCUGCCGAUAUCUAUGUUCUUGGGUUUCAGGAAAUUGUUCCUUUAAACGCCGGUAAUGUAUUGGGUGCGGAGGACAAAGGCCCAGCUGACAAGUGGCUUUCCCUUAUUCGAGAUGCACUUAACAAGAAUGACCCCGGACUUCCUAAUAAUUACAACAAUGCCACCCAUAAUGAUCAGCAAGCACAUCUUGAUCAGCAAGGCAGCAUGAUGCCAAGGCUCAGCUUCUCGGACUUGCUUUCCUUAGAAGAUGAACUCAGUACUGCGGACUUCGAGACACUGCUGAAUUUGAAUCCCGCGUCAACUUCUAGUGGAGAAAGCUCACCGAGCUCCCCACUGGGGCUGGGUAUGCAGGAGAGUACUUCAAUGCAACGACAUCGUUAUUGCUUAGCAGCGAGCAAGCAGAUGGUGGGAAUUUUCUUGUGUGUGUGGGUUCGCGCUGAUCUUUGUACACACAUUAGCAACAUGAAGGUCUCAUGUGUUGGUCGAGGCAUAAUGGGAUAUCUUGGAAAUAAGGGUUCAAUAUCAAUAAGCAUGACAUUGCAUAAAACAACCUUUUGCUUUGUCUGUGCUCACUUAACUUCUGGUGAGAAAGAAGGGGAUGAGAUGAAAAGGAAUUCAGAUGUCAUCGAAAUUUUAAAGAAAACAAAGUUUUCUAACUCAUGUAGAACACGACCACUUCCUCCUGAUAGCAUAUUGGACCAUGACAAGAUUAUUUGGCUUGGGGAUUUAAAUUACCGGCUAGCAGCUGCUUGCGCUGACACACAUGAGCUUCUGCAGAAGCAUCAUUGGCAAGCACUUUUAGAGAAAGAUCAGCUAAGAAUAGAGCAACAAGCUGGUAGAGUAUUUAAAGGGUGGGAAGAAGGGAGGAUAUAUUUUGCUCCGACUUACAAAUACCUUGCAAAUUCUAAUCAUUAUGUUGCCCAAACUUCGAAUUCUAGAGAGAAGAGACGCACUCCUGCCUGGUGUGACAGGAUUCUAUGGAAAGGAGAAGGACUUAAACAAAUGUGGUAUUUGAGAGGGGAGUCAAAGUUCUCGGACCACAGACCGGUCUAUUCUUUGUUUGCGGUACAAAUAAACUUGGCCAGCAAGAAAAAACCCAAACCUGCUGUUCCCAUAAGCACAACAAGCAACAGAGUUGGUCCAAAUUCUCGGUUGCCAGCGACAUGCGUGGCCAAAGUGCAAGCCGAGGAGCUUUUGGUACUCACAAGAGCAAAAAGCUGCUUAGACACAAGCUCCUCCAGGUUCUGAGUCACACAAGCUAGGCUUACUUUUUGAAGACCAAUGCAGAACUCAGAAAACUUGCAGCUCAUUGUGUAAUGGGUCUCUGAAACUGUGAAAACUGACAGAAGCAGCAGUUGGGUUUCUGACACGUGUUCCAAACAUUUUUGACAGUUUGGGACGGUGGUGGGUGAUGAUAUAUAUAUAUUUUUAUAUAGAGUAGUGAAUUACAAGCAAAAGCUUCUAAGACUACUGAGAAGUUGGCAUGGAGAGUGAAGUGGCUGCAGCUCUGGGCAUCUUGGACAUGCGUGGAAGCGUGGGUUUAUAAGCUAUUUUUGAAAACCAGCUUUUGAUACGAGUUGAUUUUGGUGCUGAUGAUCAACUGUAAAUGGUUCAGCUUUUGGCAGAGGAAUUUCUCUCUUUCCUUUUCAAUUAAAUAGAGGAAGGGAGGACAGUUUUAAGUGAAGGGUUGAAGAGGAACUGGGAUGAUGAAAUGCUUAAUCUCCUAGUUCGUUAUUUGGUUGCCUUUCCAAAUUAUUAAUGAAAUUUUUUCACAUUGCCUAGUGUUCUUCAUUAUCUAUUUAUAAUAAGAAUUUUCAUUGCGACCCCGGUCAAGCCAACCUCGGAAUUAGAGGUGGCAAACUGACUGCUAAGCACGAGCGCGGCAUGGGCCCGGCACGCUUAGAAUAGGCCCGGCACAACCCGAG